AUGCAGGAAGGUGUUUAUUACGGGACAAUCGAAGAAGAAAGAAUGUUAUCUGCUGAGGAGAUGGAUGUACAAAGGAAGAGGAAUAAAGUGUAUGAGUACUUAUGCCGUAUGCAAGAAGCACGUGAGUGGAUGGAGAAUAUGAUUCAGGAGGAAAUACCGGAAGAGUUUGAAGAUGCCUUAAAGGAUGGGGUUUACUUAGCCAGGCUGGUUAAGUUGUUUAAUCCUGGGUUAGUGGGUAAGAUAUUUAUAGAUCCUGUAUUACAGUACAGGCAUACGGAUAAUAUUAACGUGUUCUUUGAGUUUAUUAAGUCUGUCGGGUUACCGGUGGUGUUCCUGUUUGAUUUGGUUGAUUUAUAUGAGCAGAAGAAUAUUCCGAAGGUUAUUUACUGCGUGCUGGCACUGGCGCAUUACUUAUCCAAGAAGAAGAUAGCUGUGAAACCCGGGAAUUUAGUCGGUCGGGCUAUCUUCACAGAUGACCAGAUAACCCAGAAGGAGAGGGAGAUUGAAGAGGCUGGGAUAUCCCUGCCUAGUUUUAGUAGUAUUAAUAGUACGAUGGAUAGGGUGUACAGGAAGGAGAAAGUGGGUGUGUGUGAGUAUUCAGUGGAUGGUUCUGGGAUAAAUGUGUGUACGCAGAAGAGUCCAUUAGAGAUAUCUACGUAUGAGGAUGGUGAUAAAGUGAGUGAUGAAGAGGGUGGCAUAAGCAUAUAUUCAUGUGAGGAGCGGGUGUCUGCCAUGCAUGUGAUACAGUCGUAUAUAAGGACUCUCCUGGGCAAGAAGGUGAUUAGUGAAUUACGAGGGGAUGCACCCGUCACUAUAUUCUCAUUACGGCGGAUGGUGCACUUAUUAAAGGGGGAUGAAGAGAAAGAAGAGGUGGUUGUUGAAGAAUUGAAUAGAAUGCUUAACCAGCUGUUCAUUGAGAAUGCAGAGUUAGAAAGGGAGGUGACUACGGUGGAGAAUAAGAUAUCUUUACUGCUCAGGAAUAAGAUACAGAAAACCGGGGUUAAGUCAGCUGAGAUGCGGCCGUAUAUGAAGUAUAAGUCAUUACAGCGACUGUUCUCUAAAUUACAGGAUGAACCUUCUGUGCUGACCACCCUGAUCAUGGGCAUGCGGCAGAGGGAGGGAGAAUUCUUCUGCAGUUCGAAAUUGCUGAACUUGUUCGGAGGGGCAAAAACCCCAAGGGAGGAGUACACGUACCUCAGGAUUAUUGAAUCUUUAGUGCAUGCGAGUAUGGCGUCUAAUGAAACGAAUAAAGUACUCGGUGGACUGGCACUGAGAUCACUUGUUGUAGCACAUGGACACACGGACAUGCAGAGUACCAUACGGAAUAUGAUGAACGAGUCAGUGAGUGCACUGGAUAUAAUACGGUACAUCCUUAAGAACGUACACGCACUGCCGUACGCCGUACGGUUCUAUGCACGGUCUGUGAGCAGGUCACUCAGCAGGCAGUACACACAGAAGGGCGUAGAAGUAACAAAGCAUGCACUUGCCACGGAAGUGUUCCUGUCCCUGUGGGAAAUAUUCUUCUCGCCGAUUAUUGUGUCCCCAGAGACUGUCGGACUCCCGGGCGUACAGAUGAAUAAGCCAAUGCUCUUAGAGGAGUGUAACAAAGUGUUUGAUAGGAUAAAGAGUACACCGCAAAUGGGCCUGGAUGCAGAGGAGUUUAGUGCAGUGAUAAGUAUAUCUGAUGUUGAGUCUAUCUCAGAGUACUACACCAUGAAGUACAUCGCAUCCCGGCCACUGAAUAAUAUGCUGUGCUUAACAGGGGACGAGAUAAAUUACGUACUGGCAUCACUGCUGAACUCGUCCGUCCCCGGGGAUGUCAAGAACAUGGCGGAAGAGUGCCACCCAAUCCCGUUUAAAUUAGUGUUUAUUGUGCCUGGUGGAGUGUCUCCGUACACCCAGGAGAGUGCCGGUGUGGUUGAGAAGCGGCUCUGUAAAUGGGCAGUCAUAAAAGUGCUUAUACACUCAGCAGGGAAGAGUCUCCCAGAUAUUCUGCAGAGUAAGGUGUACGAUAUGUCCAACAGCAAGAACAGUGCGUACUCCCUCCAAAAUGAGAAGGACAUUGAAGCGUGUAAAGAUGCCAUACAGAAGUACAGCAGUAAAUUAUUCGACUUGGGGUUACUGCAGAAUAAAGAAGAGUGCACAGAGAUCCUGCAAUUAGCAGCACACGAUAUGAUGAACAGAGUAAAAGCAAGCAUCGCCAGGAAAAGAGAAAUCAAAGCGACUGAGAAAGCCAUUUACAGCCUGGAACGGGCCCGGGAGUUAAUUGAGAGGCGGCAGAAGGAGAGUAACCAGUACCUUACAGAUAUAACGCAUAAAGUGAUGGAAGCCAGUCGGGAGUACAAGCAGUCUGCUAAGGCACUUUUAUUAGAGGGGGUCGUGCUGAGAAUGUACAACUGGCAGCCCUCUCAGAUGGACAGUAUCGAAAUAUUCUUUAAAUCGGGUGCUUCUGGUGGUAUUGUUAUAUCUGUCAUGGUGAUCGGCAUACGGUCGGCGAGUGAGACGGUCUCGUUUGCUGAUUUAUUAGUCCAGGAAAGUUUUGGAGAGGCGGAAAUAACGAUCGAGUCACUUGGGGCAGUCUUCUGUAUCCCGAAACUUAUUGGGGUCAUUAACAAAAAAGUACUUCCAUAACCUGAAAAAUAAAUCAACU